UCCUUCUAGUGUAAACCUCCAUAGGCUUAUCAGUUUUGCCGGCGCAAGAGCAUCCAUCACAAAAGAGUAUCCGGCAGUUGCUCCUCCUUAUCCGCGUGGCAUCUCCGUCGUGAUUCCUCCUCCGGGAUUCACCUCAUCAUCUCCGUCGCAUUUAACCAACUCAUCCCUCGCCGCCUUAACUCAUCAAGAAUCGAAAAUGCGUUCGCAAUGGAUCUUUGACGUAAUGACUAAUCAAGAUGCGGCUCCGUUUAAAGAGAUGGUCUCAAAGUUAGACAAAAGAGAGCUUCAAACGAUGGCGUCGUUGCUGACUUCAGACUCCGAUCACUUCUUGAUGAUCGCAAGAAACAAGAACGGCUCCAGACGCAUACAGAAACUUUUCGGGAAAUCAGAUGACGUGGACACAUUCUUCGUCGACGCUAUCUUGCGCUGCUUCUUCCACAUCAUCACCGACAGGUAUGCGUCGUACGUGGCGAGACGGGCGAUGAUAGUUUUCGACAAGGAGAAGAAAGAAGCAAUGUACGAGCGCAUUCUCCACUACGCGCUCCACAUAGCGCGUGACCGACACGGUUGCCUCGCGCUCAACGACAUCAUAACCGACGCGGAAGAUCUUUACUACAGAAACAAGCUCUUUGACGUAGUCGCGCACAACGCUCUCUCCCUAAGCAACGACGCUUACGGGAACUACGUGGUGCAACACGUGCUUAAACUGAAUGACUUGCGUUGCAAGAACAACAUCGUCGUUAAACUACGUGGCCAUUGUGUUGAUCUCUCGUUUCAGAGACGUGGGAACUACAUUGUGCAGCUGCUUUUGGAGACGGAGGAGUCGAUGGUUGCGGUAGUGGAGGAGCUUAUGAAGUGUAAAGGAGAUAGGUUGGUGAAGUUGGCGGGGAAUGAGUAUGGGAAUUUCGUGGUGGAAAAGGCACUAAGAGUCACGCAAAAGGAGAUGUUUAGUACUGAAAUGUUUUGGGGUUUGGUGCAUAAGCUCAUGCCUUUUCUCCAUCGCUUGCGUAGGCCUGGUGGAAGCAACAUUGCAUCAAUCUUGGACUCGAUAUGUUAUAGGCUUAUAGCCCGUCUCAAAGUAGUAGUUAAUUAG